GGAGAGAGAGAAGAAGAGGAGUAAGAGAGAGAGAGAAGCAGAAGAAGGAGGUGAAAUGAGUGCGAUAAUGGCCGACGACCAACAACACGUCCUCUGGAGAGAAAAUCGUGGCGACGAUGAUGACGAUAAGAUGAGUGAUUUCCCGCACAAUCUCAUAUCAUAUGUGAACAACAAUCAAUUCCUCUGCGAUCGCGGAAUCUUCAACAGAGGCUCUGUUUUCUCGACUCUACAACACCACCCCCCUUCCCAACCUUCUCCUUUCUCCAAGAUAAUCGAUUUGGAUUCCGAAACCCCAAUCGCUGCAAAUCAGGAACUUAUAGGGAAGAUAAAAUCAAUUAUGAAAUGGAUAGUAUUCUGCCCUGGACAAUUUCUAGUUCAGUUUUGGAAAGUCAUAGAAAUUGGGGGUAGGCGUUUACUUACAACUCAAGACCAACCUUUUGGUCUUUCCACAACCCAUGAAGGACUUUGUUCCUAUAGAUUGAUAUCACUGAAUUAUCAAUUUUAUGUGGAUGGGGAGAGUGAGGCAGACCUUGGCCUCCCUGGCCGUGUUUUUCGACAUCGAAGACCCGAGUCUAGCCCAAAUGUUCAGUAUUACUCUUGCAAAGAGUAUCCACAGCGCGAUCAUGAUGUGAUUAGCAAGGUUAGAAGAUCUUGGGCUUUGCCAGUGCUUGAAAGUUCUGGGCAGUGCUGUGUUGGUGUACUUGAGUUAGUAGCGGCUGCUGAACUUAAAUUUUAACCAAAAUAUCCCUUUAUUAAUUUAAUAGAUGGGAUCUACAAACGGGUUGAGGAAGUUGGUCUAAGAAGUUCAGAAACAUGUAAUCAUUUGUAUAAUAAGCAUAAGAAGUACGAGGAUGAAGCUCUUAAAGAUGCACUGGCUGAAAUCAAGAAGGUGCUGAUAGAGGUGUGUAAAAGUCAUGAUCUACCUUUGGCUCAGACUUGGGUCCCGUGUAGGCUUUGCAAUCCUGCAGUUGCCGGUGGUAGCUUCAAUGUAAGCUGCAGGGAACAUCUCAUGUUCAGAUUUGAUAUUGCCUGUUGUAGGGAUAAAGAUAAGCUUCCUUUCGUAGAUGUGUGUACUUUGCAUUCCUUAGGAAAGGGGCAGGGGGUUGUUGGAAAGGCAUUUUCGUCCCAUAAUUUGGUCUUCUGCAAAGAUAUUACUCAAUUUAGCAUAAUUGAGUACCCCUUGGUAUACUAUGCAUGCAAGUAUGGACUUACUGGCUGUUUUUCAAUUUGCUUGCGGAGUAGUUAUACUGGAGACAAUGUUUACGUGCUAGAAUUCUUUCUACGCCCAAGCAACACUGAAGGUGGUGAUCCCAAGAUCGCCUUGGUUCCAUUAUUGACAACAUUGAAGCAGCAUUUUCGAAGUUUUAAGGUUGCUUCUGGAGAAGAACUAGGGGAGGAGUUAUCUGUUGAAGUUAUUGAUUCUUCAAAAGAUGAUAAACUUGAUUCUUUUCAGAUACCCCAAAUUGCAAGAUCUCCAGAUAUGAUGAAGAAUGGAGGAGAGAUGGACUACUUGGAUUUAUCAGAUCAACAAUUAAUGGAAGAGGAUGUAAUAGACACUAGAAACAAUGUUGUUCUUAACACACAAAUAAACAACAUCAUUGUUACUUCCUCACAGCAAAAAUGCAUAACUAACUCGUCCCAGAGACAACAAAGAAAAGCAGGAAUUCCAAUUAGUUCUGAGGAUAUCCAGCAGCAUGUUGGAAUGAAACUUGACGAUGCUGCAGCAAGCCUUCACGAUAGCCAAUCGACAUUGAAGCGUGCUUGUAGUGAAUAUGGUAUCACCGGGUGGUCAUGUCGCAAGAGAAACAAGGAUAACCUCGCCCCUUCCAAUAAAUUUGUCCAAGGUGUUGCUCAGGAACAAAUCCAAGAAUCUAGUCAACCUCCAAUUUCCGAUCCACCUUGUAAGCAAGAUUUGGCUACUACUUACACAAAGGCACAUUCUAUGGCAACACAAGAUACAAGUAUUGUGACCAUAAAGGCAAAACAUGGAGAGAAUUUUAUUAAAUUUAAGUUCCCGGUGUUGUCGGGGAUGGUUGAGUUUCAACAAGAAGUGGCAAAGAGGCUGCACUUAGAGGAUGGAACUUACAGUGUCAAGUAUCAAGAUGAUGGCAAUAAUUGGAUUUUAAUAGCUUGCGACGAGGAACUCCGAGAUUAUAUUUCCAAAUCCAAAUCCUUGGGGAAGAAUAUAGUCACAAUGUCACUUGAGCCAAAUUACAAUAAAUUUGUUCAAGGUGUCGCUCAGGAACAAAUCCGAGAAUCUUGUCAACCUCCAAUUUCUGAUCCACCUCGUAAGCAAGGUUUGGCUACUACUUGCGCAAAGGUACAUUCUAUGGCAACACAAGAUAUUGUGACCAUAAAGGCAAAACAUGGAGAGAAUUUUAUUAAAUUUAAGCUCUCGGUGUUGUCGGGGAUGGUUGAGUUUCAACAAGAAGUGGCCAAGAGGCUUCAAUUAGAGGAUGGAACUUACAGUGUCAAGUAUCAAGAUGAUGGCAAUAAUUGGAUUUUAAUUGCUUGCGACGAGGAACUCCGAGAUUAUAUUUCUAAAUCCAAAUCAUUGGGGAAGAAUAUAGUCACAAUGUCACUUGAGCCAAAUUACGAUGAACUUGUCCAAGGUGUCUCUCAGGAACAAAUCCAAGAAUCUAGUCAACCUCCAAUUUUUGAUCCACCUCGUAAGCAAGAUUUGGCUACUACUUGCGCAAAGGUACAUUCUCUAGCAACACAAGAUACAAGUACUGUGACGAUAAAGGCAAAACAUGGAGAGAAUUUUAUUAAAUUUAAACUCCCGGUGUUGUCGGGUAUGGUUGAGUUUCAACAAGAAGUGGCAAAGAGGCUGCAAUUAGAGGAUGGAACUUACAGUGUCAAGUAUCAAGAUGAUGGCAAUAAUUGGAUUUUAAUAGCUUGCGACGAGGAACUCCGAGAUUAUAUUUCUAAAUCCAAAUCAUUGGGGAAGAAUAUAGUCACAAUGUCACUUGAGCCAAAUUGCGAUAAACUUGUCCAAGAUGCUGCUCAGGAACAAAUCCGAGAAUCUAGUCAACCACCAAUUUCUGAUCCACCUCGUAAGCAAGAUUUGGCUACUACUUGCGCAAUGGUACAUUCUCUGGCAACACAAGAUACAAGUACUGUGACGAUAAAGGCAAAACAUGGAGAGAAUUUUAUUAAAUUUAAGCUCCCGGUGUUGUCUGGUAUGGUUGAGUUUCAACAAGAAGUGGCAAAGAGGCUGCAAUUAGAGGAUGGAACUUACAGUGUCAAGUAUCAAGAUGAUGGCAAUAAUUGGAUUUUAAUAGCUUGCGACGAGGAACUCCAAGAUUAUAUUUCUAAAUCCAAAUCAUUGGGGAAGAAUAUAGUCACAAUGUCACUUGAGCCAAAUUACGAUAAACUUGUUCAAGAUGCUGCUCAGGAACAAAUCCGAGAAUCUAGUCAACCACCAAUUUCUGAUCCACCUCGUAAGCAAGAUUUGGCUACUACUUGCACAAAGGUACAUUCUCUGGCAACACAAGAUACAAGUACUGUGACGAUAAAGGCAAAACAUGGAGAGAAUUUUAUUAAAUUUAAGCUCCCGGUGUUGUCGGGUAUGGUUGAGUUUCAACAAGAAGUUGCAAAGAGGCUGCAAUUAGAGGAUGGAACUUACAGUGUCAAGUAUCAAGAUGAUGGCGAUAAUUGGAUUUUAAUAGCUUGCGAUGAGGAACUCCGAGAUUAUAUUUCUAAAUCCAAAUCAUUGGGGAAGAAUAUAGUCACAAUGUCACUUGAGCCAAAUUGCGACAUACUUGUCCAAGAUGCUGCUCAGGAACAAAUCCGAGAAUCUAGUCAGCCUCCAAUUUCUGAUCCACCUCGUAAGGAAGAUUUGGCUACUACUUGCGCAAAGGUACAUUCUAUGGCAACACAAGAUACAAGCAUUGUGACCAUAAAGGCCAAACAUGGAGAGAAUUUUAUUAAAUUUAAGCUCCCGGUGUUGUCGGGGAUGGUUGAGUUUCAACAAGAAGUGGCAAGGAGGCUGCACUUAGACGAUGGAACUUACAGUGUCAAGUAUCAAGAUGAUGGCAAUAAUUGGAUUUUAAUAGCUCGCGACGAGGAACUUCGAGAUUAUAUUUCUAAAUCCAAAUCAUUGGGGAAGAAUAUAGUCACAAUGUUGCUUCAGCCAAUUACUAGUUGUCCACCUUAAAUCCUUGUUGAAUAUCCAUCUAUCACUUUAUAUGCUUGUGGAAUUCGUGGUUUAUGAAUUUGUUGCUGGUCCAUUUAUUAAUGAAGUACAUUAAUUGUAGUUCUCAUCGAAUAUUAUAUGUUACAAUAUAAUUGCCUUAGCAUA